AUGCUGCCAAGGGCAUUAUUGGCCAAAUUCAUUCAAAAAUCCUCCACUGAUUUGGAAAUUUUGCAGAGAGCAUUGCAUAGCAGGAAUAAGAAAGCAUUGGAGUUCAUUGCUAAAGGCUGGAAUGCUUUGAAGGAGGUUGAUAGAGUUAUAGAUUAUUGUGAGAUCAAUGAUAAGCGCCUCAUUCCUUUUCUUAGGACAGCUAAGGAGAAUUUUGAGCUUGCUUUGGAAGCUGAUAACAAAAAUACCCAUGCUAGGUAUUGGUUGUCCACAUUGCAUGUGAAAUACCAUGUUCCUGGAGCUAAUAAAGCUGUAGGGGAAGCAUUAUUGGUAGAAACAGCAGAAAUGGGUGAUCCUGAUGCACAGUAUGCGUUGGGUUGUCAUUUAAGAGUUGAGAGUUAUGAUUUGGAUUUUGUUCGGUUAUUAACUGAGAUAUCUUGUUACCUUGGGAAUGAUUAUGUCCACUCUGAUCAACAAGCUUUUUAUUAUUUGGAGAAAGCUGUGGACCAGCAUCCAGGUGCCCUAUACCUUUUGGGCGCUGUAUAUUUGACAGGGAUAUCAUAUGGAUCUCUUCUUCUUAAAGGUGUUGAGGUUCCAGAAUUGUUAAUAAAGUUCAGUUUGAAGAGAGGUGCAGUAGCUCAUAGACGAGGGAGGAGUAAGGGAAGUCUUGCAAUUGACCCAGUAGAGAUGGCAAGAGAAAAGUUUCACAUAGCGGCAAAAGCAGGGUGUGAGCUUGGAUUCAAAUGGCUUGCAAGGUUAGAGGAGGAAGAGAAACGGGAAAUCACGGAAGGACAUUGA